GAGAGAGAGAGUGAGAAGAGAGAGAGAGAGAGGGAGUUUUUCAUCUCAGUUGUAUUCAAACUUGAGAGCUGCUUUGAAGUUAAAUUCAUCAGGUGAAUUGUAUUCUCUAAUCAUAUAAAUGUAAACUUUUAAUCCUUUUGACUGAUUAGAUCUAGUUUCGUUUCUCCAGCUUUAAUUUUGUUGUGAAGAUAGAUCUGUUAGAAGAAAAUGGUUGAGGCAAAUGAUAAGCUAUCGUCACACUGGUGGUGGUUGGACAGUCAGAAGAAAGGAACUCUAAAUCGUUCACCAUGGCUUCAAUCAACUCUCUCUGAACUAGAUGAGAAGACUGAGUCCAUGCUGAGGAUAGUUGAACAAGAUGCAGAUUCCUUCGCCCAAAGAGCAGAGAUGUAUUACAAGAAGCGUCCACAGCUCAUUAACAUGGUUGAGGAUUUCUAUAAGACCCAUCGCUUGUUAGCUGAGAAGUAUGAUCAAAUCAAGUGUGAAUCCGGUACUCGCCUUAUGACACAACCAUGGAUGUCUCCAUUGUCUUUCACCAAAUAUCAUCCACAAAAGACACUGAUGAGCGCCACUGAAAUAUCAUACGACAGCUAUUCAGAAAUCUUUGAUCCUGAGUCUGAGUUAUCAGAUAAUAUGUCUGAGGUUGAGGAUCCUGACCUAGAAGAAGAAGAAGAAGAAGAAAUACAAACCCCCAAAUCAGAGAAGGAAACAAUGGAAGUAUCAAGUGGCUUUCACGUCAACAAUGAUGAAGUUGUGAAGCUGAUGGAGGAAAUUGAGAAGCUGAAAGAAGAGAACAGAGUUCAACAGGAGCUUCUAUCGCAGAAAGAUGAAGAGAAAAGAGAGGUCAUCAGGCAGCUCAGUUUAGCUAUGGAUUUGCUGAGGGAGGAAAACAUUAUGCUGAGGAAGAGUGUUGUUACUAAGCCAAAAUCAUCUCCAAAGCAGGAAAACAUCUUCGAGCUCAAGACACUAAAAGAGGGGUUCCGGAAAACAUCAUCAUCUCCAAAGAAGGAAAGCGUCAUUGAGCUCAAGACAUUGAAGGACGGGUUCUGGAAGAGGCUCUUUAAUUGAUCUCCUUAUUCAGAGACUCUAAUUCUAUAUUCUAGUUGUGCAAUAUUGCUUCAUUCUUUAUAGUAAUUUAGUUUACUAUAGUAUGUAGGUGUUCCAUAAGUACUCUUAUUUCAUUUGCUAUUCUAGUACUCUCUUAAGUCAUUCUUCUUGUUAUUGGUCUGACCAAUUUGUUGCAGUAUAGUAAUAAAGUAUUA